AUGCUGCUGCCACGACCCUGGUCGUUUGCACCCAUCAGACGAGAGCUCGUAUCUUCGAGAGCUCAGCACACCGGCUCUGCAGCUCUGGCGCCGACGAUCGCUCAAGCGCUCGCACUCGCACUCGCUGCUCCCUCCUCGGCGUCCCCCGGCUCAACCCUGACUCCAAAGAGCGAUCAAGAUGGUGAAACCACGACUUCAGCGUCGGUAGCAGCAGCUGAAGCCAAGACAACGACUAUCUCGGGGUGGAUCCGCUCGUGCCGGAGACAGAAGAACGUCACGUUUGCGGUACUCAACGACGGCAGCGAUGUCAAGGGCAUUCAGGCCGUCAUGGCCGCGGGGAUUGAUCACGCGUGAGUAUGGCUACUCUUGGCCGCUUUGGAAAGUCGAUGAUAUGCGUUUGAGUGGACCACAGCGCUCAAACAUGAGCUCCAUUCGUCGCAGACUCGCCGUCGGGUGUUCGGCCGCUUUGACGGGUCGGUUCGUCCCGAGUCGCGGACGGGGGCAGGAGAUGGAAUUCCAAGUCGACCAAGUCCAACUGCUCGGUUCGAGUGAUGCAGAGGCAAGCAAGAAGCCCACCUUUGCUGUUAUCCACCCCCUCCGUACGAAAUUGAUCUGACACUCGAUAUGGUGUGCUACAGACGUACCCUAUCCCCAACACGAAACAAGGCGUGCCGCUACCCAUUCUGCGCAGGAAUGCUCAUCUUCGCCCGAGGACACCUUCGAUCGCGGCCAUGUUGAGGGUCCGGAGUGAGCUCGCUUUUGCUGCAGCCCAGCACUUUAGAGUCAGUCUCUCCACAUUCCCAAGCUCGGGGCUUCACACGCCUGAUGGGAAAGCUGUGUGAACCGUUUCGUCAGAGUCAAGAUUUUGUCCGGGUCGAACCCCCCUUGAUCACCUCGAGUGAUUGUGAAGGUGCAGGCGAGGUCUUUCGAGUAGAGUCGGGAUCACCACCAGGAUCAACAUCAACAUCAACACCUUCUUCCUCUUUUGCUACUGCUACAAUACCGACUAGCCCUCCCCCUCCGCCACGGCCGUCGCGCUAUUUGACGGUUUCGUCCCAACUCCACCUUGAAGCGCUCGCUUCGUCCCUGGCGCGGGUCUGGACGUUGUCCACUACCUUCCGCGCCGAGGAGUCCGACACCUCCCGCCACCUCCAAGAGUUUUACAUGCUCGAAGCCGAACUCGGGUUCCUCCCCGCCCGAACGCCGGACGCGAACCAGGUCCUCAUGAACGUCGUCGAGGACCUCGUGCGACAUCUCGUUACGACCGCGCUCGCGAUGAAGGAACUCGAAGUGUUUGUCACGUUGCGUCCAACGCUCUUGGACGAGUUGGAUCAGUUGGUUCCUACGCACAAACGAUAUGCGCGCAUGACGUACACCGAAGCGAUUCAAGUUCUGCAGCACCAAGAGGCUUCCUUCCCCGGCACGUUUACUUUUGAGCCCGUGUGGGGUAAAGGUUUGCAGACCGAACACGAGCGAUGGUUGGCCGAGACGUGCGUCCGAGGACCCUUAUUCGUCACCGACUACCCCAAGGGGAUCAAACCUUUCUACAUGCUGUCCAACGACGAAUCGUCGAGAGAGACGGUCGCUUGUUUUGAUCUGCUCGUGCCGAGGUUGGGGGAACUCGUCGGCGGGUCGGUGAGGGAGCAUCGCGCUGAGCGCAUGGAACAAACCCUGGAUCAACAUGGUCUCAACAAGGAGCGGUACGGCUGGUACCUUGAUCUAAGGCGAUUCGGCUCGACGCAACAUGGGGGGUUCGGGCUGGGCUGGGAGCGCUUGAUCGCGAUCGUGACGGGGCAGGAGAACGUGAGGGAAUGCAUCGCGUUUCCUCGCGCAGCCGAAGGGAGUCGAUUCUAG